UUUAAAGCUCCGACUUGCACGCUUUACAAGGAAACAUCAAGGUCCUGCCAGCCACCUCAAGAGACCUGCAGAGUUUCUACUAUUCUUCAUCAUAUUCUCGGGUCGCGCUACCUCUCGUUACGUCACGAACGAGCGUCUGUUCCACGCCACGCCAACUGCAAUACUCAUCCAACUGAGCGGCCAACCACGAUGGCCGCACUCAAGUUCGUGCCUUUCUCGUCAGAGAUUGAGCUGCCAUUCUAUUCCGCCCUUUUCUCGUCCAAGCUCGACCAUGACAAACUUGACGACUCAGCGCGCCCGGUAAUGGGCCUGUACGAGCCCCGCUCACAAGCCGACUCUCAGGGCGCCAGGAUGCAGAUUCUCGGAAGCGCCCUCACUAACAGAGACGUGCCCGCUGGCAUGACGCGCGCCAAAGGCUACAUCAAAAACGUCAACACGAUUGAGGAGUUCAAGAACACGGACAAGACUGCCAUGAUCACGGAUGCUGGUCGCCAGAUAUGGGAGGCGAUCCAGGACGGCACCAUCUACUCGGUGCCCUCACUCCUUUCAUCCUUCGCUAUCCUCUCCUUUGCCGACCUCAAAAAGUACCAGUUCACCUACUGGUUCGCGUUCCCCGCGCUGCACUCGGAUCCCGCGUGGAAACAGACGGGGCCGGUCGGACACAUAACCCCAGACGAGAGCACAGCACUCGUCGACGCCGUGGGCACCUGGCGGUACGCUGUAAGCACCGAAGGGGAACACGGAUUCUUCCUGGCCAAAAAGGUCCGCGGAGAAAACGGGGCGCCCAGGCAACUGCCUGAAGAAGACGCAAGCCCGGAUAUCGGGUAUCAAUGGCAGAUUGGCUCCCUUCGAGACUUCGAGACCGGGUUUUUCAACGACGUGCCGGAAGAAGACCGAUAUGUUGCCUUUGUGGACCCAUCCAACUACCCCGAGUCACCCUCGUGGCCGUUGCGGAAUCUCCUGGUCCUGAUCAGGCAGAGGUACCGUCUGAACAAGGUCCAGAUUCUGUGUUACCGCGAUAUCCAAGCGAGGAGGCACGAAGCCCGGAGCAUAAUCCUCCCCCUGGCAUCAGAUGCCGCCGACGUGACGCCAGCCACCAAGAUGCCCAACGUCACGGGCUGGGAACGGGAUGCCAGCGGAAAGCUGAGGCGACGGCUGGUAAACUUGACAGAAUACAUGGAUCCCACAAGGCUGGCCGACCAGGCGGUGGAUCUCAACCUGAAGUUGAUGAAGUGGCGCCUGGCCCCGAACCUUGACCUCGACACCAUCAAGAACACAAAGUGCUUGUUGCUCGGUGCUGGCACUCUGGGGAGCUACGUCUCCAGAAACCUGAUGGGGUGGGGUGUGCGAAAGAUCACCUUUGUCGACUACGGUGCUGUCUCCUACUCAAACCCGGUCCGACAGCCGCUGUUCCAAUUUGAGGACUGCCUCAGCGGGGGAAGGCCUAAAGCGCUCCGUGCCGCCGAGGCUCUGAAGGAUAUUUACCCGGGCGUCGAAGCUGAGGGCCAUGUCCUGUCCGUCCCGAUGUUGGGCCAUCCCGUUCUAGACGAGGCCAAGGUGAAGGCGGAUUUCACCAAACUGCAGGAGCUCGUCGAUGCGCACGACGCCAUCUUCCUGCUCAUGGACACCCGGGAGUCGAGAUGGCUGCCGACCGUGAUGGGGAAGGCCUCCAACAAGAUCGUCAUGAACGCGGCGCUUGGGUUCGACACGUACGUGGUGAUGCGGCACGGCGCCCUCCCCGAAGACGGCAGCGAGGAGACGCUGGGGUGCUACUUUUGCAACGACGUUGUCGUUGCGGCGGAUUCCAUGAAAGAUCAGACCCUCGACCAGCAGUGCACAGUCACGCGGCCGGGUGUGGCGGCGAUCGCCUCGGCACUCCUGGUGGAGCUGCUGACCAGCACGCUGCAGCACCCCAGGAAGCACCAUGCGCCGGCUCCGGUGCCCUCCCAGGGAUCGGGAUCCAACUAUGAGCGUGACCCAGUCGACCACCCCCUAGGCCUCGUGCCACAUCAAAUCCGGGGCUUCCUCUCGAAUUUCCAGAACAUGGUCAUCCACGGCAGGUCUUACCCUCAGUGCAGCGCGUGCAGCAAGCCGAUCCUCUCGGCGUACAAAUCCGAGGGGUGGGAGUUUGUCAAGAAGGCGCUUGACAGCAGGGACUACGUCGCUGAGCUCAGCGGCCUGGCGGAAGUGCAGAGACAGGCGGAGGCGGCUGCUGCAGAGGUGGAGUGGAGCGAGGAUGAGGGUUUGCCCGAGGAAGGCGAGGGAGUUCUGCUCUAGUCACAGAGGAACUCGGAGGCUUGGUCCUGUCAGCUACAUCUCGGAGCUCGGAGUUUUGGUUGCGCUUUUAAACACUUGGGGAUGGACAACUUGGGUCUCGGGCGUGCUUCACUUUCUGAUAAGGUUCGGCUUGAUUCCAGUUUCUAGGGUUUGAAAGAGAUGAUUGCUUUACGAUUUAGAUACAUGCAUCGAGCAGAAUUCAUCCAGCGUUU